AUGGAAUCCUCUGGCCUCGCAGGGCCCAUCAAAGCGACUUUUUGGGAGCUGCAUCGACAGCUUGCGGAAUGUUAUGCCUCUGAUAUUGCAACAGCAGAGGGCCGACCCGCAGAGAAGAAAGCCGAUGCGGUCACAUCUCUCCAGAUCAAGUAUGAUCAGCACUUGCAGACUCCUGUGGCGAGCGAGAGGCGGCUGAGCAACAGCUCCAUGAUCUCUGUGGAUCCCCGCGCGGCACGCAGCGACCGGACCAUUGUCUUGGAUCCCACGCACAGUGAACGGCUAAGCGCAAAAGACCGCAUCGAAACGGUGAGGGGGAGGAGAAAGCAGACACUGAAAACGCUUGGCAAAGUACAGGGCGUUGAUGUGUCAGAGGAUGGCAGCAGUGUGGCAGCGCCCAUAAACUUGAAGCUGCAUGAGUGUUGGAAUUCCAACAAGCUUCAGAAGAAGCUUCCCGCGAACCGGCGGCUGUCUCAAGACUUCGGUGGCACCAGAGACAUGCUUCCUGUGACGUCUCAGCCCAGCGACGACACCAGCGUCGGACCCAGGAAGUGCAUGUUUCAUCCAGCCGGGUUAUUCAGAACAGUUUGGAACAUGAUCGUGGCCAUCUGUGUGCUAUAUGAUCUCAUUGUUAUUCCUCUUUAUGCCUUCAACCUCCCGACCUCAGUUGCUCUUACAGUUUUCGGAUGGGCGAUCAUGCUGUUUUGGAAUCUGGACUUCGUGAUUUCUUUCCGGACUGGGUAUUACGAUCAGGGUGCACUUGUCAUGUCACCUGUUCGGGUUGCUCUUCAUUAUGCGAAGACUUGGCUGCUCUUCGACGUUUGCUUGAUUUCGCUGGAUUGGAUCCUUGCCGGAAUGGAUCUGGCCGACAGUGGAGGAGGACAGCCAUGGUCACGCACGCUGCGGAUGCUCCGAUUUCUGAGGCUUAUCCGGAUGUUACGAUGGAUCAAGCUUCGACAGGCAAAUGAAGCUCUGCAAGACCUCCUGCACUCACAGGUUACGAGCUUGUACUACGGCCUGGCAAGCAGCAUAGCACACCUUAUGGUGCUGAACCAUUUAGUUGCCUGUGCCUGGUUCGGAGUGCACCACCUCAGCUCGGACAACUGGGUGAUCGCAAGCAAUAUCGAAGACACCGCCAUCAGCCACCAAUACUUGGUUUGUAUGAAUUGGGCCUUCGCGCAACUGGGAGUUGGGUCCAGCAACGCCAAGCCCAUCAACAGCCUGGAAUUUGCGUUUUGCAUCAUCAUUACGUUCCGCUCGCUCAUCACAAGCUCCACGUUGAUUAGCACAGUGAGUAAUUUGAUGGCCGGCUUGAGCAAGAUCAAGGAAGAUGAGACGAACGAGUUUCGACUCCUCCGCGCAUACCUCGCAGCGAAUGAAAUCCCGCAGCAGCUCACGCAAAAGGUCACACAGUUCCUGCAGUUUCAAUAUGCGUUGAGGCAGGAAGCCAGGUCCGCCGACAUGCAGGUGCCACUGCUGGAGCUGCUGUCACAGCAGCUGCACGGCGAGCUUCAGUUUGCCCGAUACCAGAAGUCACUAUGUAAGCUACGCUUCAUUGACGACUUGAUGGACGACCCUGACCUUCAAACUAUGCAGGUCUUGCAUCGCUUGGCCAUGUCUGCAUUGAGCACCACAAUUGUGGCGGCAAAGGAUGUGAUCUUCCUAUGUGGUAGCCAGGCGGUUGCAGCUUCCUUAAAGCUGAGUGGUUCUCUGACAUACUUCCACGAGGAUGGGACGAAGACGAUCGAUUCAUCCACUUGGGUAGCAGAGGUUUGCUUAUGGACUCCAUGGAUCUUCAUGGGUGAUCUCGUUGCCGAUGACGUGAGCCGCCUGGCCCUGCUCGAUGCCGAAAGCUUUUGCGAAAUCCUGGCGCAGAAUCCGCAAACUCACUACGCUGCUCACCGCUAUGCGAAGGACUUCUUGGAAUUGCUGAAGAAGCAGGAGAGCUGGCUGGACGUGCUGGAAAGGGAGGGUGACUCUGAGGAUGAGAGCGUCAACGGGAGCGAGACAACUGCCCCAGCUUCCAAGAAGAGGCUAUGCUGUGCACCUUUCCUGGGUUCAAAGCGGCGGCUGGCGCAGGUGGUGCCAGCUGCUCCGGACUCCACGCAACGCGAGCUUCGAUAG